AAAGUCUUUCUACUCCCCCCCCAUAAACACAAACUACAAACAUGGCCGCCACAGGACGGAGGCACCUGGUGAAAGAUUUCAACCACUUCAUCACCUGCUACCUGUGCCGAGGUUACCUGAUCAAACCCACCACAGUCACUGAGUGCCUGCACACCUUCUGUAAGAGCUGCAUCGUGCAGCACUUUGAGGAGAGCAACGACUGUCCUAAAUGUGGCAUUCAGGUCCACGAGACCAACCCACUGGAGAUGCUCCGGUUGGACAACACCCUGGAGGAGAUCAUCUUCAAGCUGGUGCCUGGCCUCAGAGAAAAAGAGGAACAGGAAGAAGUGGAGUUCUGGAAGAAGAACCAGCCGAGGGAGAACGGCCAAGAGAACCUGAAGUAUCAGCGGCCCUGGCUCCCCGAGGGCGCCGCCGCUGGGGGGGGCGGCGCUGAUGAUGACGGUGAUGGCGGUGAAGAAGGAGACUACCACAGGAGCGACCCUCAGAUAGCCAUCUGUCUGGACUGCCUGCACAACACGGGGCAGUCAGGGGAGAGCACCGUGACGGAUCUGAUGAAGAGGUUCAUCCGCUGCUCCAGCCGCGUCACCGUGGGAACCAUCAAGAAGUUUCUCAGUCUUAAACUGAAGCUGCCGAGCUCUUAUGAGCUGGACGUUCUGUGUAACGGGGAGAUCAUGGGCAGAGAUCACACUCUAGAGUUCAUCUACAUGACUCGGUGGAGGCUGCACGGGGAGAACACGUACCCCAUGGUCCUGGAGUACCGGCCGCGCAUCGACUUCGGCUGAGCAGCUGCUGCAGGAGGACACAUGAUCCACACAUAAACACAAAUGCAUUCACACAUGUGAACACACACACACAUAACGCCUAAAAGUGCAGAUAAAGAGAGAUUUAGAUGUAUUUUUGUACAGCCGAUGAUGAAGUGCUUAUGUUGUUGCGUUAAAAAGCCUUUAUGCUCCAUAGAAUAAUAUAUGCUAUGAUAUAUGCUAUUUUUAAAUGUAUGUCCCUGUGCCUAAAGACCUGUUUGGAACGAUCAUAUCUCUACUUUGCCUGUCAAACUAACUGUAGAUUAAAUGUUGAUUUUCUACUGUGGG